AUGGUUAUUUUGGAAGAAGAGGUUGAACUCCCAAAUGAAGGUGAAGAACGUCUGACAGGACAGGGUUUGGAGGAUAUGUCUGAAAAUGGCGGUGAUGAAGAACCCCAUGAUGAAGAAGUAGUGAUAACUGGAAUGGAUGAUUUGUUGAAUUAUGAUAUGAAGAGUUUGAGUACUGAAGCAGCAAUGAAAUUUCAAUUUAGUAAUCGUGAGGUUGGCUUUGAGUUUUACAACCUGUAUGCGAUGGUGAAAGGGUUUGCAGCGAGGAAAAACAAAAUCUUAAGGAACAAAAAAGGGGAGGUUGUGCAACAAUCCUUUGUAUAUUUUAGAGAAGGAUUCCGCAAAGUGGUUGCAAGGGGAAGUAGAAAGAGAAAGAAGCAAGCAGAGCAGCGUUGUGGUUGUCUUGCAAACUUCCGUGUCCACGUUCACAUUGCAACUAGUCGCUGGUAUGUUACAAAAUUUGAUGAUGACCACAAUCAUGAGUUGUUAAGUGAAAGACAUGUUGGUCGGUUGGCCCUGCAUAGAAGGUUAAGGGAAGGUGAUGUUAUGCAACUUAAUGGGAUGAGGAAUGCUGGCAUAGGUGUAACGGGAGUUUACAACCUCAUUGCUAGUCAGUCUGGUGGAUUUGAUAGGGUGCCGUUUACGAAAAUGCAUUUACACAAUCAGAUAGGCAAGCAGAGGAGGCAGCUAAAGUCUGAUGUUGAAAAUGCUAUUUUGUACUUGAAGGAUUUGCGCAAAAAAGAUCUGGCAAUGUUUUGGCGACAUCAUGCUAACGAGGAUGGAAAACUGGAACUUUUGUUUUGGGCAGAUGGAAUUAGCCAAAAGAACUAUGAAGUAUUUGGUGAUGUUGUAGCGUUUGACGCUACGUACGGGAAAAACAAAUAUCAGUACCCAUUUGUAAUAUUUUCUGGACUGAACAACCACAACCAAACAACGGUGUUUUCCUGUGCAAUAAUUGCAAAUGAAAGUGAAGAGACAUAUGUUUGGCUACUUGAAAGAUUUCUUGAGGAAAUGAGAGGAAAGUUUCCUACAUUUGUAAUUACUGAUGGGCAUUUGUCAAUGAAAAAUGCAAUUACCACAGUAUUUCCUAGUGCUCAUCAUAGAUUAUGUGCCUGGCACUUGCUGCAGAAUGCUACAAGAAACAUAAAGAUUCCAGGUUUCACUCAACAGUUCAAAAGAUGCAUGUUGGUUGACUAUGAGGUGGGUGAAUUCAAACAUAAGUGGGAAUCUGUUGUAUCAAAAUUCGGUUUGGAAGACAAUGAAUGGGUGAUGGAACAUUAUGAAAAUAGAAAGAUGUGGGCAGUAGCUCAUAUAAGGGGUUGUUUUUUUGCUGGGUUUCGCACAACAUCAAGAUGUGAGAGUUUGCAUUCAGAAAUCAAGAAGUUCAUACAUUCAAGGUAUAACCUUUCAGAUUUUUUAAAACACUUUCACAGAUGUUUGAAUUUUAUGCGGUUUAGGGAGGAAGAAGCAGAGUUGUCAUCGGUUGUUGGGAAGGCACCCCUAGAAACUCCCUUCAAGCUACUUGAGAAGUCAGCUGCCUCUGUGUAUACACCGUCCAUAUUUGAGAAAUUUCGGGGUGUUAUUGUUAAAGCAUUCUUAGUGUAUGUUAGUGGUCGUAGAAGCACUUCCACUUUCAAGAUAUUCACAGUUUCGAAGUUUCAAACACCGAGCAAGGAAUGGCAUGUAUCUUUUUAUCCACCAACACCAAUGCUGAAAUGUUCUUGUCAACGGAUGGAGUCAAUUGGCCUUCCAUGUGAGCAUAUUAUAGCUGUUAUGGUAAUUUUGGGUAUGCAUGAAAUUCCACCUAGUCUUGUGCUGCAUAGGUGGACCAAACGUGCUAGAGAUGUCAUUGAAUGUUAUGCUGCUGAUGUCAGUGGUAAUUGGGGUUCUGUUAACAUGGCUCGCCAUGCAGUGUUACUAAAUGGUUGUAGAGAAAUGUGCAAAUUGGCCGGUGAUUCGGUUGAAGAUUUCACAAGCACUAGACACCUUAUUACUACACAUACUGAAAGACUGAAAGAGAAGAAAAAGGACAACACAGUACAUGACAACAUUGAUGAAAACAAUCAAUCUGUCCCGUUGAGGAACCCCGACCGUGCCAAGCGCGCAUAUGGUGGUGCAAGUACAUCGGGCACGAAAGGUAAUCGCCGUAGAAAGACUACGUGUAGUGUAUGCAAGACACCUGGGCACAAUAAAGCGUCGUGCCGUCUAAAGACCCGGAUCCAUGAUAUGGCGCAGGAACUGUACGGUGGUGAUACACAAUCAUUCUCAGAAGCCUAA